AGAGAAUGUAAGUAACGUUUAUGCAGUAAAUGACAUAUUCAAAUUGACAAUUCUCUUUAAUUUUUUCACUACAACUAUGCACGGUUAAAUCUGGCACCUGAAAGGGCACCACAGAGAAACCUGCUUUGUUUUUCUUCAUUCUCGUGUUGGAAACGUACGGCGCGUACCAUUAACAGCACUGUUAUUUAAGUUGGUCUAAGUUCGUGUAUUAUUAUUAUCAUAAUAAAAACAGCAUUAGAGUUAUUAAACGGAUAAUUUACUAGACUCGUUAACGUUUUGGUACUAGCCAGGAUUAUGCCGUAUUUUAGUUGUUCUUAAUGGAUAGCUAAGUAACUCCAGCCGAUUAUUAAGAGGGAUUACAGACAAUCGGCAACUUUUUAGUAUAGAUGUUUUUAAUUGAUCGUUUAAUCGUAUUGACAGUAAUAUAUCCAGAAAUCGUAUUUUAGCUUGGUUUGCAUUAGGAGAUUUAAAAAGAUUCGUGGUUGCUGUAAAUUUAGGUACAGACAUUUCAUGUUUACAGCAAAACUAAGGCACAACUGAACUACUUUUGUCCCCUUUCUCGGGUCUUGUAGUUAGCAGUCUUAUUACGACAAUACUUUUGAUUUAAGAAAACAGUACAUAUUCUGGAGAAAAGGCGCAGGGGUUUUAUGAUUUUUACUCAUAGUUGCAUCUCCCUGCGUUCAGGUCAUUAAUGGUCUAUCUGUAGACAGAUCGUUCGUUAAGUCGGGUAGCAGUUGGUAUUUGCGGCCUUUCGCUUGCAUGGACGUCGUUAGCGGGUUACCGACGAGCUCGGAUGGCUGGAUUUCUGGCCACUGGGGCACAGGGUUUGCCCAGCAGCCGUCGGAUUGCCUACCGAGCAAACGGAAGCGGAGCUGCGCUGGAGGCGACGGCCCGCCUGCAAACGGCCACAUUCAGGACCACGGAGGGCCGAAGCUGUGCCCGAUCCAGGGCAUAGUUAAAAAACACCGAAGCUGCUUUAUCCCCAUUGACGGAAACAGAGGGGUGUAUUACUCUGAACGCUGGGAACCCAAUGGGAGUACGCUGUAUUUUCCAGUCACAGGGAGCCUCCUGGCCAACAUGGACAAGUACGACCAGAUAACGUUUGAGCAGGGAUGCUUCUUUACAGGCGACGAGUCCGGAGGGUUCCGCCAGAAGGCCCCAGGUCAGGCUAUUCACUGCUGGCGGUACAGUGAACGGGAAAAGAAGCUUUUUAUCGCACUGUCGUACUUCUUCUCCAGCUUUGAUGUGUUUCAGGAUGUUGUUAGCUCUCUGGGAGGGCUGUAAGGGGAGCAGCUGCACUUUACAAUGGAAGAUUCACAGAAUUCAACAAAACCUCAGAAUUUCUCUCCAGUCUUGGACAGAGAUGGUCAGAAUGAAUCCCGAAUGGAUCAAAAUUACCUGUGAAACGGCUUUAUGUGUUUAGUAAGAAUAAUGAUAAUAUUUACUGAUUUUUCCAAGUUAUUUUAAAAGCACAUUCAUAUUUCAAUCCUUUUUUUUUCUUCACUGUGGGCUUGGAAAAACAAAGCUUGUUCAUACACUCUAUAUGUAAGGGAUCCUAAAGACUUUUGAUGUUGCAAAGAUGUCCAUAAACUGAAAGGUUUAAUAAUCCAAAAGUGAAUUAACUUUUCAUCGCAUUUGGUUGGUGAAACUACAUUUUUUACCAUAUGUAGUUUGAAUUUAUCUGCUCUUUCCAGGUAACACUGUUCAGUAGUAAAACGGUUUCCCUCUUUCACGCGUGGAUAAAGGUAUUUUACUGCUGCCAGAGUAUUUCUUUUGAAUCCCAAAUUGAUGCGAGAUUUUAAAAUAUGAGUAAUGAGGAGGAUGGAAAUUCCUCUUCUGAUACUUGUUGCACUUUGAAGAUUUCACCACAGAACACCUGUCAGUAUUCUUUGUGACUUUUUCUUGUGAUGUUUACAUCUCUGUCAGCAGGACUAUCUAGAGGACUAGCUGCAUUUUAGAUGCAUUACUGAAGCUGCAAAUGUGACGCCCACCUUUCUUAACGACGGCACAAGUUGUUCCUCAGACCUUUGCCGUGCGCGUUUAUCCGCAGGUUGUGGUGGCAAUAGGUUGUGCCUCUGAAAUGGAAAGUUUAGGAGCACAAGAUCCGGUGUUGGCAAGAAACGUUCUUUUUGUCUAUCCUAUUUUUUUAAGUAUAGUUUCAGAUCUGUUUGGUUGCUUGGCAUUUGCAUGUGUCUGCCCUGUUUUUUAUAAAAGCCUUUUUUUUACUGUAAUUUUAAACAAUAAAUGCUGUUGGAAACUU